AUGGCAUUCAUGGUCAAGACUAUGGUGGGAGGGCAACUGAAAAACCUCACAGGAGGGUUGGGAAGUAAGGAAGAGAAAGGGGAAGGGGAGAAAUCAGCAGCUGAAGCCCAGGGAAUGACAAGAGAGGAGUAUGAAGAAUAUCAAAAGCAGCUUCUUGAAGAAAAGAUGGAAAGGGAGGCUAUGUACACCCAGAGGAAAGCUGAAAGAGCCACACUGCGGACUCACUUCAGGGACAAGUACCGCCUACCCAAGAAUGAAAUGGAUGAUGCACAAAUUCAGCUUGCUGGGGGAGAUGUUGAGUUACCCAAAGAAUUGGCCAAGAUGAUAGAGGAAGAUAAUGAAGAGGAGGAAGGAAAAGCAUCUGUAAUCAGUCAGCUAAGCAGCAUCCCGAACCUUGACCUGGAUUCAAUCAAAGGAAAAGCUCAGUCCACUCUUGAUGAUCUAAAACAAUCAGCUGAGAAGUGUUCUGUCAUGUGAUCCUUUUUAUCUUCCCUCACCUUAAAUCAUCCGACCUAAGUUAGCUAAAGGUUAUUGUGUCCCAAUGUCAGGCCUUUAAGAUCUGAGGAAAUACCGAGAGGUUUCUUCAACUUUUUAAGUGAGUGUCAACUGAUGUUGAUCUCUGACCAGUCUACAUUCAGGUACAAACCACGUGACAGUUUUACCCCAACAUUAAUUUAAAAGGUUUGGACUUGGGACCUUGUGGAGUUAACCAUUUCCUAACUCUAUAAUCGUCAAGAGCAACCUAGGCCUAGUCCAUAUUGUUUAACCUCAGGCUGAAAAGAUGGAAAGGUGAAAUUAUAAUGAGCAAGUGGUUUCAAUGAGAUAUACAUUGAUGAUUUUCUAUUGACUUCAAAGGGGAAACUUACCUUACAGCAUUGUAUCCCUGAAAACACAAAUUUUACCCUAAUGCAUAUGCAGAUAUCUAAAGCUGCAUCAUUCUAAAAAUGUCUAAAUUAUUUUACUUAAAGGAACAGUAAACACCUUAAGAUGUUUAGAUAAAAUGUUUAGUUAUGAGUAAUUAAAUUACUUUGCAAUAUUGUUUCAUUAUUUAUUUUGUUCCCUUUUUAUGUAAUUUAGCUCUGCAAAUUGAUCAAUUUCUAAUUCUCAGAAUGUAAAAUACACCCUGCUGACUUUUCAAGGCUAAGCCUGCUACAUAUCUGUACCUAUACAUAUCUGUCCCUAACUGGUAUUAUCAGAUAACAACUGUAAAAUAAUGCAUUUUAUAAUAACAUUAUGACAGUGACUAUCCUUGUUGUCUGUGGACUAAAGUCUGGAUUGGCUCCUCUAAAUAAGGUGGAGUUUGGCAAUAAAAAUAUAAUUGCAGUUAAAAGGAUGUUAAAAACAUUAAGACUUGGCUGAUAUGUUAUUCUAUAGCAACGCAACAGAAAUUACUUAUAAUUACAAGGUGUUUACUGUCCGUUUAAAACUCAUGUUGUAAGAUCUAGUAAGUCCCACAACUACAGUUUCCCAGAUCACAAAUUAUUCUUGUGUAAUUAUAAUAAAAAAAUCAACGCUGUAAA